AAGGGGAGGAGGAGUUUUGGAGAGAAGUUUGUGUAAGAGAAAAGCAGCGGUAUUCUUUCAUGUAAACUCCUUCAACAAGUAGUAGAGCUGCUUCACCAAACAGCCUGUUAUGGAAAUCCCAGCCAUAAAUCUAAAGGCCAUAGUACUGGUGCACUGGCUGUUGACAAUAUGGGGAUGCAUGGCGUGGCUGCCCCCCUCCUUCGCUUGGGGGAACUUCGGUGUUUUAGCUGUUGGGGUGUGGGCCAUUGCACAGAGGGACUCAAUCGAUGCUGUGCUCAUGUUUCUGAUGGGGAUGGCUGUGACGAUAUUGACCGACAUCAUCCAUUUUGGGAUCUAUUAUCCGCUGAAUGACUUUGCAGUAGAAAGAGGGAGGGACGUGUUUCGCUUCAGCGCAGGAAUGGCCAUCCUCAACCUGCUGCUCAAACCUGUGUCCUGCUUCUUUGUCUACCAAAUGUACCGCGAACGUGGAGGAGAUUAUAAUGUUAACUUUGGUUUCCCCUCUGUAUCACGAAACAGAGAUGCCUACCAGUCCAUUGACCAGCAGGAUGAGUCUUCAACCCCAGCAAAUCCGUUCAACCAGGCCCAGGACAGCAAACCAGGAGCCCGCACAUACUGAGAGAGCCAGGCGGUGAACAAUGCAGCAUUUUCCUCUGACUUCUCAUGCAGCAGUACAGUGCUUAGGGGCAGUUUUUUUUUACAAUCGAUCCCACGUCGGUCUCUGUGUUUUGUACAAUUGGUCUGCUGCAGAUUGCAGCUCUGAAAUAGAAUUCUUUUAUUAUGGUAAAUCAUUAGCUCUGAUUGGGUUUUAGAAUAAAAUAUGGCACACAUAUAAUUUUUCCUUCAAAGGUGGUAAUGUUUUUGCUGAGCCAGCACAUCGCUGCUGAAUAAAUACAGAGAAAAUCUUGUUCUGCCACUAC